GGCGCGGCUUGGGCGGAGGUCGCUGCGGGCGCUACAGUCUUACCUUGCUCCCCACGUUCCUGCUCUGGGGUCGGACCUGAGGAACCGCUGCCUAGACUUGUUCUGGCGCCUACAGGCUAAGCCCCAACCUGAGCACGGAGCGAACUGGAGCCUGAAACGGGCGCCUAAAAGAAGCCUGAGCAUCCCUUGGGCCUGCGCCCCUGGCUCGGCGACGGGCGGGUGGAGACGGAGCAGAGUCUUCUUUCCUCGCCGCCGGCGCCCUCCUCUCGCCCGGGCCUCCUGGUAAACGUUCCGUCCUUAAUAAUCCACCAACAGUCCUACCAGUUACGAGCUGGUGUUCUUUACAUGCAUGCUCAUAAUUAAACCUCCCAACAACCCUGUCAGCAAAAUUCUGCAGCAUCUCUGGAAUACUACCUGUGAAUUUUGGGUUGCCAUGUCGAAGAAACGCAAAUGGGAUGACGACUAUGUUCGUUACUGGUUCACCUGUUCAACGGAGCUUGAUGGAACUCAGCGCCCACAAUGUGUAUUGUGUAACUCGAUAUUUUCAAAUGCUGACCUCAGACCAUCAAAACUGUCUGACCAUUUUAACAGACAGCAUGGUGGUGUAGGUGGCCAUGAUCUCAAUAGCCUGAAGCGUAUGCCAGCACGUUCUGAUGAGAGUGAAACCUUGAAAGCAUUUGGAGUUGCAUCUCAUGAGGAUGCCUUGUUACAAGCGUCUUAUCAGUUUGCAUAUUUAUGUGCCAAGGAGAAGAAUCCUCAUACAAUAGCUGAAAAAUUAGUGAAACCUUGUGCAUUAGAAAUAGCGCAAAUAGUUUUGGGACCAGAUGCACAAAAGAAGCUUCAGCAGGUACCCUUAUCAGAUGAUGUGAUCCAUUCUAGAAUUGAUGAAAUGAGCCAGGAUAUCUUACAGCAAGUUCUAGAAGAUAUCAAAGCCAGUCCUCUUAAAGUGGGUAUUCAGCUUGCUGAGACAACUGACAUGGAUGACUGCAGUCAGCUAAUGGCAUUUGUGCGAUACAUAAAAGAAAGAGAGAUCGUAGAAGAAUUCCUAUUCUGUGAACCUUUGCAGUUAACAAUGAAAGGAAUAGAUGUGUUCAAUCUCUUCAGAGACUUCUUUUUGAAGCAUAAGAUAGCACUUGAAGUAUGUGGCUCUGUUUGUACUGAUGGUGCCUCUUCUAUGCUAGGAGAAAAUUCAGAAUUUGUUGCUUAUGUGAAAAAAGAGGUGCCUCAUAUCGUGAUCACACAUUGUUUGUUAAACCCUCAUGAACUUGUCACAAAGACAUUGCCUGCAAAACUGAGGGAUGCUCUGUUUACUGUGGUGAGGGUAAUAAAUUUCAUCAAAGGGCGAGCUCCAAAUCAUCGCCUGUUUCAGGCUUUUUUUGAAGAAAUUGGAAUAGAGUAUAGUGUCCUCCUUUUCCAUACUGAAAGGAGGUGGCUUUCCCGAGGCCAAAUACUUACUCAUAUUUUUGAAAUGUAUGAAGAAAUAAAUCAGUUUCUUCACCACCAAAGCAGUAAUUUAGUUGAUGGCUUUGAAAACAAAGAGUUUAAAAUUCACCUAGCAUACCUGGCAGAUUUAUUCAAACACCUAAAUGAACUUAGCGCGUCUAUGCAGAGGACUGGGAUGAACACAGUAUCAGCCAGAGAGAAGUUAUCUGCUUUUGUUAGGAAGUUUCCAUUUUGGCUAAAGCGAAUUGAGAAAAGGAAUUUUACCAACUUUCCCUUUCUUGAAGAAAUAAUCGUUUCAGAUAAGGAAGCAGUAUGCAUUGCCGCUGACAUAACACUGCAUCUGCAACAGUUGAGCAGCUUCUUCCACGGGUAUUUUUCCGUCGGAGAUCUUGAUGAGGCAAGUAAAUGGAUACUGGACCCAUUUCUUUUUAACCUGGAUUUUGUCGACGAUGGUUAUUUAAUGAAAAAUGAUCUUGCUGAAUUACGAGCUAGUGGCCAAAUCCUAAUGGAAUUUGAGACAAUGAAGCUUGAGGAUUUCUGGUGUGCUCAAUUCACAGCGUUUCCAAACCUGGCAAAGACAGCUCUGGAAAUCCUUAUGCCGUUUGCAACUACAUAUCUUUGUGAAUUGGGAUUUUCAUCACUUUUACAUUUUAAAACAAAGUCCAGAAGCUGCUUUAAUAUGAGUGAUGACAUCCGUGUGGCUAUUUCAAAAAAAGUUCCUCGUUUCUCAGACAUCAUUGAACAAAAGCUACAGCUACAGCAGAAGUCACUGACUCCAAGUCAUCGAGGCUGCUAAAAAGGAGAUCCCAGAGCCUCGUCCUAGAGAUUCUGAUUCAGCAGGUCUGGGAUAAGAUCACAGAUCUUCAUUCUUAACUACGUUUCCAGAUGGUUCUGAUGGAUUCUUUGGUUCGCUGGCCUCAUCUUAUUUUUCCUACAUUUAUUUUUCCUUUACCCCAGUUUCCUCACUUAUUUUACAUUUUAUACUGUAUGUAUUUUUCUAAAAUAGUUCAAAACUUUUGAAUGGACCAGAAUAUAAAUAAUAAAUAAAUUGACAAGAAAUCACUAGAGUAAGUCAGGGCCAUCAAAAAGUCCCCAUGGAAAUCAAAAUGAAUAUACUUUUUCCAGAUGAUAAUUUGGCAAAAUAAAUUUUUUAAUUUAAAUAAGUUUACAUUUUUAUUUCAAAACUUUAAUGUUUUAUCAAAGUACUGUAUCCUCAAGGCUGGGAAAAAAAUGAGUCCUAUGAUGAAAAGCCACAGUCCCCUUCCUGACCAAUCACCUUAACUAUUUCUGCUUUAACUUUUUGUGGUUCCACCCACAUCUCUAAGUAAUAUGUUCAUACCAAACACAUAUACCAGUUUUGAUUUAUCAGCUUUAGAAGUUAUAUAUUUACUUCCCUAGAUAAUAGACAAGGAUUGAAUUUGUAAAACAUCUCCUCUCCUGCUAUUACCAAUUUUUUAUUAAUAGUACUAAGUUUAGUUCCUCUAUUGAUUGUUUGUAGCCUUUUGAUUGAGGAUUUUUUUGUCUAGGAAUUUAUCACAUGGAAAGAAGCAGGGAUGUCCACAAAGUUUUAUUUAUAAGGUGGGUAAUCACAGCAUUUUUAUAAUAGUGAAAGACUGAAAAAACCUGAAAGAGAAUGGAAUCUGAUUACCAAAUUUAGAUGCUACUUGAGUACCGCAAAUUGAAGUUUAUAUUUUCUACAUAAAACUCAGUUUUAUCACCAUCGAAUACUUUUAUCAGUAAAUACGAAUAUAUGCCUUUCACUUAAAAAUGUAGUUACAGCAUAUAAAUUGUAAGAUUUCCUAGUAUAAUCUAACAUCAAGGGCAGUGGGGAAAAUUUCCAGAGCUAAUGUAGGAAUAAAUCUGGAUGAGUAUGCAUAUCUGAAGAUGGGAAGGAAGUAGGGAUGGAGCAAGGGCGUGUGUGCAGCCUGGGAGCUAAGAACACAACAGCAAGACUAGGAUGAAAUGCCAGAAGCAAAUGACCUGUGAUAGCCAGUCUUUCAUUAAGUCCACUAGAAUUCUCUCUUAGACUAAAUUCAUUAAUUUCUGGUCUGAAACAAAAAUCCAAAGGUUUUUGUAGGAAACGGCUGAGCGUUUUUGUUUGUUUGUUUUUUUGGUGAGGAAGAUUGGCCCUGAGCUAACAUCUGUGCCCAUCUUCCUCUACUUUUUGUAUGUGGGACGCUGCCACAGUGUGGCUUGACGAGCGGUGCAUAGGUCCACGCCUAGGAUCCAAACCCAUGAACCCCAGGCCACCAAAGUGGAGCAUGGGAACUUAACCACUACGCCACCUGGGCCAGCCCCAUGGCUAACUGAGUUUUUAAUUCAUUUUCAAAUUCUACAGCAGUUUAUUUUCCCCUGAUCAAAUGAAAGAGGGUGCAGUGUCUGCUGAAUGAAGAAGAAACUUAGAUGUUUUUUUUUUAGUUUAAAUAAUCUCCCACUGUGGUACAUAAUAUUGGCACAUGUACGUCUUAUAUGUAGGUUUCUUUUUCUCCCAAGGAAGAGAUCAUUGUUUUUCUUAUAUUUUUACUAUGUAAUUAAGGUCAUUGAUCAAUUGCAAAAAGGAAUCAAGGCAGGAUAAAGUUGUAAUCUUUAUGACCAGCAGAUGUCACUCUCUGUGCAUGAUUAGUUGAAAGCAAACUUACUUGUAUUACAGAUUUUGCCAAAUUUCUGAUUUUAAACAUCACUAGGAAAAGAAUUAGUUCAGAUUUAAAAUGCCCCACCUGAGCCUCUUACAAAAUUAGCAGGCAGAACUCUGGUGGAGCCAGUAACUACCAGACUGCAAGAAAUCAUUGGGAAACAAGGAUGGGAAAGAGAAGAUAUAAGGGGCUUUUUCUCUACAACUGACUUGAACAUGUGGAUUUUUGACCUCUUGGCUGCUCUUGUAAGCUACCAAAAGCUGCUUGACGUGAGCGGAUGGGUCAGCAUUUUCAGACAUGAUCCAGUGGGAAUCAAAACCAAAUAGAC